AUGAAGUCGCAACAAUCUGUUCUGGAGGACUCGCUAAAGAAGUUCCUUAUUGAGUUACCAUGGCGCAUUGGGUACAAGAAUUUUAGUUUGAUCCAUGACGUUGUGUUUAAGGGAUUGUACCAUGCUGCAACUUUGGAGAGUCUCUACUUAACGGAGUUGUAUCCUCACAUGAGUUUGGAAGAACUAGCGUUGCUAGAAAACUAUCUGUUCAUACACCCUGACAAUCUGUUUGAAGGAGAGCCGUUCUAUCGUGCCAAAGACUCAACGACUUCUCAGACAAGAUACUACCAUGAGAAGGGGCAUGCCUGUGGUCAUAGUUUUGAGAAGUCAGAACCAGUGUAUCAAUGUGAUCAGUGUGGCUACGAUAAUACGUGUGUGCUCUGUGUCCAAUGCUAUAACCCUGACGAUCAUGAAGGGCAUGAUGUGCGUAUGUAUUUCAGUUCUGGAUCCAAUUCUGGUAUAUGUGAUUGUGGCGAUGUUGAGGCGUUCAAGGUUGCACUUAACUGUCGAACCCAAAUAUCAACUGAUGAUGAUGGCGAUAACAAUAAUGGCUCUGCAAAGAAACAGAUAGCUGAGUAUGAAGACUGGCAAUUGGCUCUAAAAGCAACUAUACGAAUUGCUCUUGAUUAUUUCCUUGAUGUUUUAAAUGGUUCAGUACAAAAGCUUCCUGCAAUGAGGAAUUUUGUGAACGAUGGCCAUGAAGAAUAUGGUAGAACGGUAUCGGAUAUUUCAACGUUGUCGUCGGAAAAGUACGGUGGAGGUAUUGAUAAGAACUCCCACGAUUUAUGGUAUUUGGUUCUUUGGAAUGAUGAACAUCACGACUAUACACAAGCCACAAGAACAAUCAGGGCUGCUUCAGAUAGAGGUCAUGAAAAGGCUAAACAAUUGGCUAAUACAAUCGACCAGAUAGGAUAUGCUGUGGUCAAUGAAUCAUCCAAUUAUGGCAAACUUGUGGCUCAAAAGGCUAUAGCAGAACCCGAUGGACUUGUGAUGACCAUCGUAAGUGCUAGAGACUUUAUGAGAGAACAAAUAUGUCGAUCCAUAUUGGAAUGGAUUGUUGAAGUCACCCAUCAUAAGAACGCAACUUUCAGUAACUAUGCAAAAAAAUACCUUGCAGAAUUGCUAUUGGAAUCACCCACUCCAAAGUUACGGUCCACUCUAAAUACGGGUAUGGGCAUUGGAAAGAAACUGUUGUAUCGCAAUGGGAUGCUAUAUGGCGACAAAUUUCUUAACUUGACUCCGACUACAGCUGAAGUGGUUGACCCUUCACUGAAUAAUACGAUCAAGAAAUAUGGUUCUGUCAUUCGUGAAGACUUGAACAACUUGACGUAUUCUCGGUUACAAUAUUUUCUCGCUUUCCAAAUAAGAUUAAGCAAGAAACCAAGAAAGCUUUUAAAUAAGGCAUUUAUUCCAGUUUUAAUCUCCGAUCCGAUCUCCAAGCAGAUGUUCUGUGAUCAAUUUGUUGAGUUAUAUCCUCUUUUGUUGUCAACCUUGGCAUAUUCUGAUAUUGAAGAAGAGUUGAAUGUAACUUGGGAUAUUUUAAUCCAAGUUUUCACUUGUCCAAAGUCAGUUCUGUCCAUUUAUAAGAAGAACAAUGUUGGUGUUAUAAUUGGACCAUUAGCUGAACUUAUAAAGAAUGCAUCCUCCAAAUGGGACUUUGAUAUAGGCCAUGAUAUCUUUAUUAACAGAGAACAAUCAAUGAAAAAGCCUCAGGUCGACAAACCAAUCAUUAGAGCCAUCAAAGUCGGCUUACAGGCUAUUGAAAACUUGGUGGAUAAACUGUUAGACAUCAGCAUGAGUAAAGCAUUCUUUGAACAGCACAAUUUGGUUUUCACAUUGAAUUAUUUACUUUUAUUUCAAGAAUAUUGGCCAUUGGUUAGAAAAUGGGGUGAGCAUGUGGAAAUAGAAGUGUUUGAUGCCAACGUACAUGCUCAUUAUUCUCUAAGAGUUUUACGUUUUGUACAACAGCUUGUGGAUUCCAAAACUGACGAUAUUGAAUUGGUGAAGAAGGCUGUUUCCUUAAUAAUAGAUGUUUUAAAUGACAGGAAUGUCCCUUAUUUAGCUCCUGAAAUAGUUGAGUUCAAAGUUAGUAAGGAAAAGGUUUCAUUCAUUCAUCCUAUUCAUUCAAUGUUAUCAUUAAUUCUUGAAUAUUAUGGGAUUCAGAAUUUUAUAAGCAUGUUCCAUAAGAUCUCCAAGAUCUACGAUAUUCUGUUGAGAAGUAUUGUGUUGAUGUCUCAGAUCAAAGUCGGUUUUUGGAUAAGAAAUGGAACCACGGUGUCUUACCAUGCAGAAGCGUAUGUUUCAUAUUUAAAGGAUUUGGCUUAUUUGAGAGAUGUGCAUUUAUGUCAAACUGCACUCUUGGUUGACAACCCUGCAGUAGUGUUUCUGAAUAUAAUGGAACGAUGGGAACUUUUGGAUUGGUACGUUAAUAAAAAGAGUUAUUUGGAAACAACGUAUGAAGAUAAGUUCUUUUAUAUUGCGGAGAAACUUGUUCAUUUCUUUUACAAUUUGUUUGCAAAUAAAGAUUGCUUUAAAGGGUUUUCCCCAAAGGAAAGACAAGCUAAUUUAUCCAAAAAGAUGAUCUUAUAUACGCUUGCGGGAGAUCCUCAAUCUUUCAGUAGAUUGAAGCAUAUCAUGCCACUUGAUGAUGGUGAUGAUUUGGACAGUGCAUUGCUUGAAUAUGGAGAUUAUCAUGAACCAACAGGUUUAACAGAUAGUGGGAAGUAUCUGUUAAAGACCAAGUACCUUAAGGAAUUAGAUCCCAUGAGUCUUUAUCUUGAUUGCACCCGACAUAAUGAUUUUGAUAGUAUAUCCGAAUCAUUAAGAAAGUAUUAUGCUACCAAGCAAGGAGGUAUAAAGGAAGAAAAAGUUAUUCUUGAACCUCGGUUGGACUUUAUUGAAGAUUCAGAUAUUAAUACUCGAUUAGGGGCAUUUACAAGAACAAAAGAGUUUGCAAAGUUCAUUUACAAAUUGUUACAGUUAUCCAUUGAUAAUUCCAAUGAAUCUUAUUUGCCUCAAUUAUUACAUUUAAUUCAUGCUAUCUUGAUAGAUGAUGAAAACAUAAAUGGCAAAGACCAUAUUUGUGAGCAUUACAUCUCCAUACCCAUAUGUGACUUAUUAUUAAUUAUUGUCGAAUCCAAUAUGGCCAGAACCAUUAUUGAAAAGGCAGAUUACCUUGUGGGUAUUUUGAUGAAGUGCAAUGAAGUUGUGGAGAACUUGGUUGACUGUUUUGGAGAGACUCACAUUGUGGAAUACAAGAAGAGGAAGCUUGAAGCCAUGGAAACUAACCAAGAGAAGAGAAAACGCAUUGCAGAACAGAAGAAAGCCAAAAUCAUGAAGAAGUUUGCUAAGCAACAGCAAAAGUUUCUUUCCAAUGCUAAUGCUACCUCUGCUGCUGCUGAUACAGCUACUGAAGGUGUUGAUGAUGAAAAUGAAACAGAUAAUGACCAUCAUUGUGUGUUUUGUAGUGAACCCCAAUCAACAGGUGAACCAUUUGGUUUAAUGGCUACGAUAUCAACUGCUAGUAUAUUUUGGAAAGUGCCUACCGAUGACAAUGAUAGGAUCCGAUUAGCCUUUGAAGACUUUGAUAAUCAGAAUGAUAUCGUUAGGGAAGAUCAACAAUUGUUUGGGAUCGGGUACAACUACCUGAAUGGUGCUAAGUCGUAUUUGAAUAAUCAAAAGGUUAAAGGGGAAGUGAUAUCUAUUUGUGGCCACGGAUUACAUUAUAAAUGUUACAUUGAUCAUUUCAAUAGAUCAUCGUUCAUUGUGUGUCCAUUGUGCAGUUGUUUGCACAAUUUCUUCAUACCUACGUUUGUUCCACCACCUAGAGGAGCUAUGAUUUUGGAAGAAGAGUUGAACUACCCUCCAAUUGCUACCAGGUACAAUGAAUUGUUGGUGGACUCAGGCACUUUAAAGAGUGGCAAGUUGAUGUACAACAUGAUCCAUGGGAAGUACGAUUCUUUAAGCUCAAGAUCGGAGUUAAAGGACUAUAAAAACUUUUCUCACGCCUUCUUCAAGAAGGCAACCUUUAGGUCGUACACUAGGGGUAAUAGUCAAAGAGAUAAGGCCUUCAACAAUUUGAUGAACAUGACUAUAACCUUGGCUAACACUGUGAGAAUGGCAGAGAUUACUACCAGACUAGAAGAGGAAGAAGGUCUCUAUUCAUUCUUGGAUUUGAUACCAACUACCACCAAAACCCUACUCAAAUCUCUUAUACAAUUCAGAGCCUUUGCAGCAGAGAAGAUCUUUGAUAAUGAGACUUCCGAGGGUUUACUCUUCCAGAUCCAAGACUUCUGGGACGGUGACGUUGUAGAUGCUGAUGUUGAUGAUUACCAUCUUGAUGGUGUUUUCAAUGAAGUCAUUGUGUUAUUCUUCCAGACAGAUGAAUCUUGGCAUACUCUCAAGUUGGUUGGGUACGUGAAGUAUUUGACUAUAAUUCUUACAGCAUUACUCAGACGGUUCUUGUCGUUCCGUGGACAAUAUGAGCUCAUCUGUGAUCACAAUAAGGACAUGGAUACCCUUGAUAGUGGCAGUCGUGACUUUACAUCGUUACGAUACCUUGUAAGGCUUAUCUUGGAUUCAGACUAUUUUCAAGAAGCUCCUAGACUAGCUCACUACGACGAUAAUGAGUUCUGGAACAGGUUGUAUCUGGCCAUCGAAAGGUUGAUGCUACCACUUUUAAGGCAGUAUGUGAUCUUCGAAGACUCCUUGACCACUGUAUACCGUGGUGGCAGCGAACACGAACGUCUGGACAAGUUCUCCUCCUUGAAGUCAAAUAUGUACAGCAGCACUGUGAGACCAGACUCCAUUAUGGAACUCACCAAAGUGUUGGACUUGUCCACGUUGUCGGAGUUGAUGGACAAAAUAUCCAACAAUUACGACACCAGCUUUGAGUCCAAGAUCUUCAAGGUUGUCCUAGAAGCCAAAUUGUCCAGAUACGAAGCUAGUGGGAUCUUGACUCUCGAGUACCCGGGAGUUAUCCGGUUGAUCGACAUCCCCAAAGAUUAUAGUAAAUGGAUCAAUAUGUACAGUGAAACAUGGAAUUUGUUGGAAACCAAACGUGACCCCGAGUUCUAUAUCUGUUUACAUUGUGGCCACAAGAUGUCUCAGAAGGAACUGGUGAAACACUCGUCUGUCUGUGUUGUACCCUGUGUUUUAUUCUUCCCCAUCCAGAAUACACUCUUCAUUGACGUCCGUAACUCAAUGGGUCCCUUAUCUGAAUGUUACGCCAUCCCAGCUCCAUAUUUGACCAAACAUGGAGAAGUUAAGUCGAACUCUCUUUCGGAGAAGGCCUAUUUGAAUGACUAUAGGUACAAAUACUUAAGCAAGCUCUUCUUGAACCAAGGCUUAUAUGCUCUUGUUAGUCGUGGGUUGUUCCAUAUGAGAGGGAACAACCAAGUACCUGUUGAUCUUGUGGAUGAGUUCUCAGACAAUUGGGAUGAAGGUUCUAUCGACGAUGAUAACGAUGAUGAUGAAGCUUAUGUUAAUCAAUUUUUACAAUAA